GAUGAAGAAUAUAUGCAUGUACACGUAUUUGUCCAAGUGUCUGUAAGGUUUAACAUGGAAUCGCUGUUCUUCAAACUCUAACGAUUCCCUCCCCUACCCCCCGCAGCCGAACAUAAUUGAAGAAGGUUGCCUCGAAAAGCCCUCGUCCGGUUUAUGAACAAAUUGUUUGUCAAAGCUGGAUUUGUAUCCCUCUGUGUCUGUAUACCCAUUCGCGAUAUUUGACGUUCAAGUAGAAAGUAGUAAUAAUAGUAGUAAGAUUAGGACUAACGUUAGCAGUAGUAGUAGUAGUGUGUAGUAUCGUAGUGUAGUAGUGCGGUAGAAUAGGAGAAAAGAAUUAAAAAAAACAAAAACUACGCGACGACAACCCCACAGAACACGUCCAAGUCAUUCUAUAACAAGUCUCCAAGUUUCUUAUCCAAAUUGCAAGUCGUAAAUCUCGGCCAAUGGCGGACGUCAGCAGCCUUAGCAUGGUGUCGUCUUACAACUCGUUGGCGAUGUACAGACAGCAACAGCCGUCAACGAGCCAGCAAUCUCUCGGUCAGCAGCACCACCACCAGCAUCACCAGGGACAGCAACACGCUGUGGGGGUGACGCCCGACGGGCAACAGUAUUGGUACGGGUACCCUUACCCUCAUCCUCACGCUGCCCAUCACCAGGCAUCCGGGUCCCAGCAGUAUCUCGAGGCGAGCGACGUCCUGGGAUGGCAUCCCCAUGCCCACCACUACACCCAUCACUUCCAGUAUCAGCACCACCAGGCGAGCUACCAGCAACAGCAACAGCAACAGCUCCAACAGCAGCAGCAGCAUCAGCAGCAGCAACAUCUGUCCCAGCAGCCGGGUAUGCCAGGAUUCUCGGAAUGGAGUAACGACGAGACUAAGAACGGUGUCGGAACCGGUGAACCCAGUCCUCCGAUCACCGUGAGCGGUAGCGAAAUCAGCAGCCCCGGAACACCUUCCACACCACCUUCAAACAACAACAACAACAACAACAACAACAACAACAACAACAACAAUAUCGCGACGACACCCGUCCGACCUUCGCAGCUCAGGAGUCCCUUUGAGUGGAUGAAGAAACCUUCGUAUCAGAAUCAGCCCAACCCCGCAUGCAGCGUAGCUGCACCUACGAGCACCCCUCACUCCGCAGUGCCUCAGGAACUGUGUUCACUCGACGCUCUCGGUAAAACAAGAACCAAGGACAAGUACAGAGUAGUUUACACGGAUCACCAGAGGUUGGAACUCGAGAAGGAGUUUCACUACAGCCGCUACAUCACGAUUAGACGCAAGGCGGAACUCGCCGCGACUCUCUCAUUAUCCGAACGACAGGUGAAAAUCUGGUUUCAAAACCGGCGGGCCAAGGAGCGAAAGCAGACGAAGAAGAGGGAAGAGCUGGACAUGAAGGAGAUGAAAGGCGAGGGAGGUCUGGUGAACGGAAUGACCGGGUUGGCGGCCCUGGGGGGGAUGGGCGGGAUGCUCGGGGGCCUUUCGUCCUUGUCGCUGGCGCCGCCGCCGCCGCCACCCCCGCCGCCCCAUCACUCCCACCCCCACACCCAAACCCACGCUCAUGCGCCCCCGCACGCCCACGGUCAUCCGCAUUCCCAUUCGGUCUUGGGAUUGUGACCGGAAUUAGGAGACUCGACGGAAGCGUGGCCGAGCCACGCGCUCGACUAAACUCGCCUUGAUAACUUUCUUUUUUUGUAGCGACGGUAGAGCGAGCGCGUUGUCCGCAAUCCAGGAGGAUUUUCCUGGAUAAGAAUCGGGCCGAAUGAUUUCUUUUUUCUUCCAGUAACAGGAGUUGAGAAAAUUUGAUUACUAAUUUAAACACGCGCACGAUCGGCAAACGAAUCGGGCUCCACCUUGAUCCGAAUUCAUGCGAUAAUUGGACUGAAAACGCAAUUUUCACUAUCUCUGAUCCACGAGCCUUGAUCGUUUGAAUUGAAAUUAUACGUCAAUUUGUACGAUAGUUACUUGAUUAUAGGGUAAACAGUACGGGACUCUUUCUUUCCUCAUAUUAUACUAUUGUUUAAACAAUUUUUAUUUUAUAACUUCGCUGGUAUAAUCGAUGGAUACGUUUGCACGGAUUAUAAUCGUCCUGCAAUUUUCUCAGGUAUUUAUAUUUAGGUUGUCGGUGUAAAAGAGAUCCAAUUGGAUAAAGAUCGUAAAAUACUCGCCUCUUCGGCCCUUUGGGAAGCUGAUUAAAUAUAAUUCUGGGUUCUGGCCUUUUUUCUGAUUUUACUUUGUGUAUAAUUCGUAAUUCUUUGAAAUAUAUUUAAUCAGCUUCCGAGGAGGCCCCCCAUCAGAGAACCGAAACUUCAAGCAUUUGACUGUACAUUUUUUUUCAUUGCAUCUCUAAUACCGAGAACUUGCAUAUAUAUACGUUGACAGUAUCGAUAAAACAUAGUAAUGAUUUUUCAAGUAUUAUCUAAUAGCGAUUAAGAUUUUCAAACUGUAUAAAUUUUACUUGUGUAAUGUUUAAGAUUCGUAUAUAUAUCGCCUAUAAUGUAUAUAUUGAUAUGUUCUUUCCCGCUACAUUGUAAUUUUUGUACAUUAACUUCUAAUAUUUUUCGUGGACGCCGUUCGAAUGAUUCGAGUUGUAAAAUGAAUGCCGCAGCCAUAACGAGAACGUAUACAAAUUUUCCAGGUCGUUCAACGCGUUUGAACGUCUUUUUUCAACAGUUUUGUUUUUUGAUUAAAAAAAAUUAUUCCUCCUAAAUCCAAGUAAAUCCAAGUUUCAACGUGUCUUCCACAUCUCGGCCAUCUCGGAAAAAAAUUACAAUUGCUCUAAGAAACAGUUGAGUAAAGAGAGAAUAAAAUUUCGUCAAGUUU